CAGUCAACUAAAACGACCGCCUUCAACCCGGAAACCAGUUUUAUUCUCUCUCACUAACGAGGAGGUGCACGUCUACAGUUAUAAGCAGUGUGAUACGGUUGGAUCAGUCUCAAGGCCAUCCUCUCCAGCAGCCAUGCCUCGCAUUGAAAAUGACAUCAAACUUGACUUCAAGGAUGUGCUGCUUCGACCCAAGAGGAGCACUCUCAAAUCUCGCAGUGAGGUGGAUCUCAUGCGCAGCUUUACGUUUAGAAACUCAAAGGGCAGUUAUCGUGGGAUUCCCAUCGUUGCCGCCAACAUGGACACAGUGGGGACGUUUGAAAUGGCCUUAGCUUUACAUCAGUUUAGCCUCUUUACAGCCAUGCAGAAGCAUUACGGUGUUGACGACUGGAAGGAGUUUGCAGCCAAGCACCCAGAAUGCUUAGAGAGUGUUGCAGUCAGCACAGGGACAAGUGAAGGGGACUUUGAGAAACUGGGGGCCAUUGUUGCUGCUGUGCCUCAGAUUCAGUAUAUUUGUGUGGAUGUAGCCAAUGGCUAUUCUGAGCACUUUGUCAACUUUGUAAAAGACGUGAGGCAAAAGUUCCCCACACACACUAUCAUGGCUGGCAACGUGGUCACGGGAGAGAUGGUUGAAGAGCUGAUUCUUGCUGGUGCUGACAUUAUCAAAGUGGGCAUUGGACCAGGCUCUGUGUGCACCACUCGUAAGAAGACCGGUGUGGGUUAUCCUCAGCUGAGCGCCGUUAUUGAGUGUGCCGACGCUGCACAUGGCCUGGGGGGACACAUCAUAUCUGAUGGGGGAUGUACUUGCCCAGGUGACGUCUCCAAGGCUUUUGGGGCUGGAGCUGAUUUCGUGAUGCUUGGAGGAAUGCUGGCUGGCCAUUGUGAGAGCGGAGGUGAAGUCAUAGAGAAAAAUGGCAAGAAAUACAAGCUGUUCUAUGGCAUGAGCUCAGACACGGCCAUGAAGAAGCAUGCAGGAGGCGUAGCAGAGUACAGGGCAUCUGAGGGUAAAACGGUUGAAGUGCCUUAUAAAGGGCCCGUGGAUGUGACUCUGAGAGACGUUCUAGGUGGAGUUCGCUCCACCUGCACUUAUGUGGGCGCUGCUAAGCUAAAAGAGUUGAGCCGUCGUACCACCUUCAUUAGGGUGACCCAGCAGCUCAACACAGUGUUCGGUAAUGAUAAUUAAGACAUAUUAAUCCACAUUGGGCCAAAUGAUGCCAAAUCCAUGCGAAGGUCGUUUUAUCCUGGGUGUGGUCAAGUACGCACACACAUGCAUGUUCACAUACGCACACACACACAAACACACACACACAAGGUCAUUUACCGUUUCUUUUUGAUCAGCCAGCCUGUCUUCGGAAACUACUCAUUUUGAAAGUAACUGGGUAGUUUUCUAGGGCGAUGUUAUUCCAACUUCUUACAUUCAGUCUGUUGGUUUAACUUGAGACACUGUGCUAAUAGUAUAUGUUUAAUCCAGUUUGUAUUUUAGGUCAUAGCCUUAAAAUCUCAAGUUUGUUUUUGGUUUGUUUGUGUAACCUUAGAUCAAACAAGAGCCUCAUAUUUUAUCCAGAUAAUUGGGUACUAUUUUAGACUUUGUUGUCAAUUUUAAAUGAAUGUCUAUCUAUGCCUAAUGUCUUACAUUCAGAUACUUUCUGAUUUAAUAAUCAUUCCUGGACCAACUCAGAUCUUUAAAGGGUUAUUAAAAGUAUUAGCAGUCUAUUAUAUUAUA